ACCACCACCAUCACUGGUAGCCGUUUGGUAUAGUCAAAGCGUAUUCUGCUUCCUAACAACCCCCCCGCGCUCCAACUAGUCAAGCAUGGUGCUGCGACUUUUUGUCCCGCCCGGGGAAGGCCAACACGGGCUUGUUCCAAAACGACCAGAUGGCAUUGGCGCAAACGCAACGCCCCAAACUUGUCUUGUCUCUUCGACGCUGCUGGCCGCAGUGUAUACUUCGUUUGCCUCGACAUUCAACCAGCGAGUAGUCGGAGUAGCGCCUCAACAAGCAGCACACGCAUCUAGGCCCGCCCUGUUUGUACGGUCGUCGGCCAGACUGGGCCUCUGCGUCGGACUAGCUGGAGCAGCCAUAAACUGGUACUACUACUCGGCUUUUGCAAAUGUAGUUAUUGCCGACAAGGUGCAAGAGGCUAGCAGGUGGAGACUGUAUCAGUGGACCAAGGGGUACACGGUCGACGAUGGUGCUUUGGCCGGUACCGCUAUCGGACUAUCGGCCUCAAUACCUAUGCUUCUGAUGCGCCGCCCUGCUAUACCGCGCUGGACGCGGUGCCUGGGCAUGGCGAAUAUCGGCGGCUGUACGGGCGUGGUGGGAUCCCAUGUCUACCUCCAGUACACGGGAGAGCGACAAAAGGCAUACAGACUUCUUGAAGCACGACGGAAGCGCAGGUCGCUCGAGUUUUGGGCCAUCUUCUGGGACAAGGAGCUCAUGGCUAAACUGAGUCCUAUCAUGCAGCAGUAUGUGCGGCACAACGGCGUCUGGUAUACCCAGCUCUUGCCGGAUAAUGCCUUUGAACAAACAGAAGACGAUGUCGACUCUAUUGAUACUACUACUGCUGCUGCUGUUCAAACAACACAGCAAGUCACAAACGUACAACAACAGCCUGUGGAACAAACCCCAGACCCCCCUUUCUACCUCGAACCCGUCGACUACACAGCCGACCUCGCCCAAAUCAACGUCGAGGCGACGCUCUCGAGAAUCCAAGAAAUGCAAGUAGAACGCCAAAUUCUCCUCGAAGAAGCACACUACCUCCUCUCCCUCAACGCCCACCAACGCUACGAAUACUGCCACUUGCACGCCACCCUCGAUGCAGACGACCGCCUACGUCGCCUCCAGGAAAUCCAUCUCGUAGAUGUAGCCCACACGCGUCUGCGCAACGCAGCUGACACUUUGGAUAUGAAAAUCAUUCACUGGCAAAUGUCGCUCCAACACAAAGCCGCGUGGGAACAACUUUCCUCUCCCUCCUCGUCCUUGUCGUCAGACGACCCAGAAAACAACUGGCUCCCCGAAUCCCACCUCAUCGACUACGCUACCCACAGACCCAGCUUCUCUGUCCUGGAAAUCGAGAAAAUGGCGAGCCAGAUUGAGGCCCAGGUGCACCGCUUCCACGAGGGGAGCCUGGAUCCGAAAUUUCCCCGCGAGAAACGUGAGAGGUGGCGCAAGGAUGCAGAGGACGGGAGGGUGUUGUUGAGGGCUGCGGAUCACAUCUUGUUUCGUAUGGAGAAGGCGAGUAAUAGUAGUAGUAGUAGUAGUAGGAGAGGUUUUGACGGUGAGGGAGGAGGUUUGCUGCAGAGUGGACGUGAGCAAGUCAUGGCGGCACAAGACGAUGCUACCUCAGUUGAACAACUUCAUCCUGCGAAUGAUCCUCCCUCUUCGACCGAUGAUGGCUCAGCCGCCGACGAAAAGCGCCUGAGAAAAGACGUGGAACAGUCUCGAGCGGACGCCAAAAAAGCUGCCAAGCCGCGGCGUGAUGGUCUGGAGCAGAACAACCCGUAAACUCAAUCUACAAGGACCCAAAUUGGCUCUGGUAACAUCUUUUCCAUCUGUCAAAACGCACACGUCUACCUUCUGCUGGACACGGUAAUCACAAAGGAAACGUUAAUGGGACCACUAUCAAUUGUAAUCAUAAUUGUAACCUUUUUUCAUUAU